CAUGAUUUGGUAUGAAAGGCUCCUCGAAAGGCCCAGUCAUUCAUAGGUCAGGAUGAGGAGAGGUUCAAUAAUUUGUGAAAUAUUUGACUGUAUAAUCAAUAUUACUACAUGGGCUUGUGAACACUUUGUGAAGCCGUUAACAGUAAACAUAAUUGGUUUACCCUUUUGGAAGUGAGGCUGUACAUGCUAAUCGUCAUUCUCAGUCUCCUUGAUGUUGUCCCAACAUACACGCUCAGAGCAACUGAGCUGAGCGUCUGUCCUGAGGUGUUUUCUCCUCUUCUAUGGACAUCCCACUUCAUGCUCAUAUAAUAGUGUCAGUCUUACUGAUGCAUUACAACAGUGGAGGAAAGACAGCAGUGGAUUUGUUCAGGUGGUUCUGUUGGCGUUUUCACCUGGUGUGGCAGUUUUAGCAUCUAUGGACUCUGUGGAGGCAGUGAUCAACCCCAAAUGGCGACCCAAGGACCUUGAUGCUAUUCCACAUGUUGAGAUCCGUCCUAGUGAUAUCUUCCUCAUCACUUACCCCAAGUCAGGCACAGUGUGGAUGCAGCAGAUUCUGGUGCAGAUCAUGGAGGCUGCACAACCUGAUUGGGUAGAAGAUGGCACCAAUAGGAUCCGAGUUCCUUGGCUGGAGGGGAGACUUUUAGAAGACCCUUUCCGAGAAAGACCAGAUCCUCGGAUCUUUUUUUCACAUCUUCCCAUUGGCAUGUUGCCCCUUGGCGUGAAAGAAAAGCAAAUCAAGGUUGUGUAUGUUUGGAGGAACCCCAAAGAUGUCCUGGUGUCAUAUUACCACUUUGCUCACAGUUGGAUGUUUAUUGAAGCGCCUCAGAGCUUUGAGGAUCUCUUUCAGCAGUUCCUAAAUGGUUACGCUUACGUUGGAUCAUGGUUUGAUCACGUGAGGGAAUAUUACGCAGCACGAGACCAACUGAACAUCCAUUUUGUGCAGUAUGAGAACAUGCUGAAGGACCUCAGAGGAGAAGUUGUGAAGAUUUGUGCUUUCCUGGGAAAAGACUUGACAGAUGAGGCCAUCGAUCAUGUUGUGGAGAUGUCCACAUUCAAAAACAUGAAGACCAACCCCAAAGCAAACUACAAGGACUUAGUUGAAGGCAUUCAAUAUAAGACAAACACCAUGCGAAAAGGUGUGGCAGGUGACUGGAAGAAUUUGUUCACCGUGGCCCAGAAUGAACAUUUUGACAAAGUGUUCAAGGAGAAGAUGAGUGACUUUCCUCUCACCUGCACCUGGGAGAUGACACAGUAGCUCCUCAACUCAGCCCUUAAGCCUCCCUCUACAUGAGCUCACAGUUAGUUAGAAAGUUUCAUUCUCAGUUUAGGUUGACUAUGUGGUGUGUUCAAGAACAUUUGUGUUCAAUAAAUUUGUUUUAUCAGCUUGUUUUAACAGAAACA